UAGCCAAGACCCCGUGAACAUUGCCAACAGGCAAAAUGUUCGAACAACCAGCCACACUGAUAAUUAUCCCUCAGAUGAUGAACCACUGGAUUUAUCAAUGAAAUCUACCAAAAUAACCUCCUACAAAGACCCUCCAAAUUUACCUCUCAUUCCAAAGAUCACAACAUCUUGUGUUGGAACUAUGAAUGAAGAUAUUCCACUAAAUGUCAAAUUGAUGACUCUAAGAAGCAGAUCAUUUCCAACCAUGUCCAACUUUAAACAACCUAAACAAACAGGAAAAUAUUCUAGACCAACAGCAUUUCCAGUAGCACGUGGGAUAGAAGACUCGUCAAAAUCGGGUUCCACAGAGGUAAAUGUGCGGCCCAAGUCAAAAGUUAAAAAAAGGCGAAAGCCUGGCCACGGUAUGAAUUUCUGGUUUUCAAAACGUGAUAAACGUCGGCGAACUAGGUCUGCUGUAUCAAAUGGAUUAGCAACAGAUUUAUGUCUUACUAAUCUCAACAUGAAAAAUGAACUAUCUGAUCAUACUUUGUCUAAAGUUCCAAGGAAAAGGGACUUAGCUUUAAAUCCACCUGUUCAUCAAACCCCAUCAAAUUCAGCAGGUCAGGUCAAAACUAAAAAGACAAGAAAGAAGCGUAAUCGAAGCAGAAAUAAAGCCAGGGUAGCUACCAAUGAAAAUUUAAUAUCGAGACGAUGCACCAGAUCAAUGUCACAGCCACACACAUGUACAAUAGAAACUUUAGAAAAAGAAACUUUGAUGCAAUGUGUAAACCGUGAGGACAAGAAGAGACAGAGGCAUAACCAGUUAAAUGCAAGACGAAACCAAGAAAAAGGAAAAAGAAGACGACGCAAUAAACAGCAAUAUGAUAUGAACAGUCAGUGUCAAGGAAAAGCUUCCGAUAUAAAUAAAGGCCAACCACUUCAGAAUGCUGGAACUAUGAAGAAUAUUGAUCAAACUAUAGUCGCUGAAGGUGAGACAAAAAUGAGAACAAGGAGUGGAACCAAACAAUUGCCUGAUUCAUUAACAGAUAAAUUUGACCAGCAACUUAUAGGUAAUCUUAUAUUUGAUUGUCAUCUGUGUUCAAGACAGUUCUUUAGAAGAAGCCAUUUAGAAAGUCAUAUGAAGUUUCGUCAUGGACAAGAAUAUCCUGCUUGA